UCACUAAGCCCCAUAAGAGGACACAACAUGGCAGCCACAGGGUCUCCUGCUGCAGAGCUGAUCACGCCCGUCAGCGUGAGGAGGUCUCACUCUGAUUGAACCUGGCACAGCCUUAUAUUGACCUCUGACCCUGUGUGGUGACGAGACGUAAAUGUAUUUUUAGAUCCGACCUGUUCCUCGAAGCAAAGGAGGAAACGCCAAAGAAUGCUGCUCGUUAAAAGCCAAGAACUGGUUGGUCGGCAGCUCCAGGAGAAGUGGAAAUAAAUUUCCACAGACAGAAAGAACCUGAACGCAAUCCAACGCUCCUCUGACUGAAGCAACAGACAUGAAGCUGCCAUCAUCACCAUCACCAUCACCGUCGCCACCGCUGCUGCUGCUGUUGGUUCUGGCGAUCCUGCUUCCGCAGGAAUCCAGCAGCCGACUCUUCACCAGAUGCGAACUGCGGGACAAACUCAGGGAGAAGAUCGUUCUCUCAGAAGGGACGAGAAACCUCACCGAAAAAGUCUUGACGUUGCUUGUGUGCCACUUGGAGAAGAUGUCCCGUCUGAACACUAGCGCAGUGAGAAUCAUCGGCGAACGCACCACAACGCCACUGGACGACCUCACUAACCCGAUGACCCCUGACCCCACAGACCCCGGCUUACUGAAUGUGACCUUUGAUAUGUCUGACCCCAACGACGCGAGCAUCCAACAGGACGAAGACAUAGCCUGGGAUGAGGAUGAAGACGCUUUUGGAGUGGACGACGAGGACAAAUUUAUGGACAAAUGGCUGCUGAUGGAGCGUCUGAACGAGAUGGAGAACGAGUUUGACGAAGAGGAGCUGAGAAACGCGGACGACAAGCUGAGCGAAGACAACGUCGACGUCAACAUCAAGUGGUCGCUGGGCUAUCACGGCCUCUUCCAGCUCUCCGACAGCUACUUCUGCCACUCGUUGGCCCGCUGGAGCCAAAACGUGUGCAACAGCACCUGCAGCGAUUUCAUUGAUGAUGACAUCACAGACGACCUGGAGUGCUUCAUGAAGAGUCUUUACUGGCUGUACGUGCUGAGGACAGCCGAGUACGAGUGCUUCCAAGUCACCAACUUCUUUGAGCAAUGCAACUAGCCCACGGCAGAGACUCAGCAGCCACUUGGUUGAGCUGACUGGACUUCGUUGGCCACACCGGCUAUGUCCUAUUCACCAAUAAACACACUCGAAA